AUGCGCUGGCGGAGGUCGCACUGGGCCUGCCUGGGCUCCUGCACCGCGCUGUGCACGGAGGGCCUGCCCCCGGACGCCACGGCCCCCGGCGUCGCCCAGGCCUGGCUGGACACGGGCACGCUGGCCGAGGCGGCUGCCAGGCUGGCGCCGGGGGACGCCGACGUCGCCUCCGCCGCGGCGGAGCUGCGUGGGACCCAGCGCGAGCGCCUGCUUGCGGCGCUGGCGCGCGGCGACGGGGAGGGCGACGCCGCCCUCCGGCGCUGGGCGCUGGGCGGGAAGGGCGGGGACGUGGCGGAGGGCGUGGAGCGGCGGAUACAUACGCUGCUCGUGCAGCCGGGGGGGCCCUGCGCCCGCAUGCUGGCGUGCCUCGGGUCUUGA